AUGGGCCGAGGGGACCACAUGGGUCUCGGGGCCCUGGGGGACCUCCUGGGCCUCGCCACGGUCCAGGCGGUCCGAGGGGACCACACGGGCCUCAUGGAUUUGAUGGACCCAGAGGACCGCCCGGGCAUCAUGGACCCAGAGGACCACCCGGGCCUCAUGGACUUGAUGGACCCAGAGGACCACCCGGUCCAGGCGGACCGGAGAGGCCACCAGGUCCUGAGGGACCUCAGAGACACCCUGGAAAAAUUGUACUCGCCAGGUGCCACUUUCGAGGACAAAAAGGAGACACAGAAGCCGAUUUUGAAGUUCCAAACGUCUUGUGGCGUAAGCACAACAUCCCGAAUCGUGGGCGGUGAAGAGGUUCACAAAGACGACUGGAGUUGGACUGCAGCCCUCAUGAGACCAUCGCGCGCCGGUCUGGACCACUUCUGCGGCGCUACCAUCGUCUCUGACUGGCAUCUGAUCACCGCUUCGCACUGCUUGAAGAAUAUGAAAGCCUCAGAUCUCUCCGCGCGAAUCGGUGUGAUCAACUUGAAAAACGGUGAUCCGUCACGGGAUGUCAGAGUGCAGAAAAUCGUCCAGCAUCCGGAUUAUAACGCGACCAAUUAUUACGCCGACAUCGCUAUACUGAAGCUCCAAAAUCCUAUUGAAUUCUCGACCAAGGUCCAACCUUGUUGCCUUCCCGACGAUUCCGAUGCAGCCGGUCGCGACGGUUUUGUCGUUGGUUGGGGCUCAACGUCUUUCGGCGGACCUCAGUCGCAGGUAUUGCAACAAGUCUCAUUGCCGAUUUGGAGUAACGAGGAGUGCCAGAAGAAAAUAGCGAUUACAGUGAAGGACGUCAUGGUCUGUGCGGGACGCAAAGACGUCGGAGGUCAUGACGCUUGCCAGGGGGACUCCGGUGGACCUUUGCUGGUUCGCGAUGAGGCAGACAGAUGGUGUCUGCAAGGCGUUGUUUCCUUUGGCUUCAAGUGUGCCCAGAAAGGAGUUCCUGGAGUUUACACUCGCGUCAGCAAGUUUCGGGACUGGAUAAUCGAGAAUGCCGAUUAG